AUGGAAACACCAGCCAAACGUGUAGCUGCAACUGUGCUCCUGCUAAACAUAGCUGUUGGGAUCGGGGUUAUCUGCCUUGUCGUGUCAAGACAGCACCAUGAACACUGGAAAACUUCAGAAAUACUCAAGCAACAACUCAUUCGGAUCUACACUGAACACUUGGAGAAAACCCAGGCCACGUUCACCAAUGCAGGAACAAACAAGGCGAAACCCAGAACACCGGCAGAUCUUCUGAAUCUAUUGAAACCCAUAGCAUAUUUCCCUGGACUUGACUUGACUGGCUACAAAGAAGCAGACACAUCUGAAGACACUCCGAUUAGGAACUGGGUACCAUUCAUCGGACCAGGAAGACAACUGCUGUACAAUGGAAUGAAAUAUGAGAAUGGAAGCAUCGUAGUACCCGCCACUGGAGUGUACGUCGUAUAUAGCCAUGUCAAGUUUUACACAGAAAAGAAUCGUCAAGGUGAUUCUGAGUCUGACUUUCAUCACAAUAUAGCACGGUACAGUGCACUGAAGCAAGAGGAAGAAACAGUAUUGAGGGAUGUCAUCAGCGAGAACAAGAACAACAUCAUUGAUGGAGCAAGUCUUGAGUACUCCAGUGAUAUCCAUGGCUUGGUACAGCUGGAUGCUGGUGAUCAGCUGAUGCUGAAAGUCUCGGGGAUGAAGCCACUGACACAUGACCGAGACUGGCAUUACGUUGGAGUGUAUUUGACUUGACAUAGGACCCGUGUGUCGUGAACAUAGUUCAAACUUGUCACACAUGCUCUUGAUGUUGUUAACGUAUAUUUUAUUCACCAAGAAAAGACCGAUUGGUGAACCAACAUGUUUGCCUUAUCUGAAUACCCCAUACAUAUGCAACAAAACACGAGAAGAGAGCUUUGUUUCAUAUUAGGAGAACAAUCAUCUUAGCUGUAAAUUUGGAAGCUUUUAGAAUUUGGCAAACCCUUUUCAAGCAAAAAUAAAAUCAUGGACUGAAAUACAAUAGAUCUA